CCUGUUUUGAUUUAUUUUAUUUAUCAAAGAAUAAACCCGGAGGAUCUGACCCCCCUCACCACCACACACACACACACCUGUGGAGAGUUUCCCGGGACUCAGGUGAUCAGGUGUAUUGAUCAGUGUGAUGUAUUGAUCAGUGAUCGGCUCUUUGGGAGGCACCGGGGCUCUGGGACUUCAGACCCGGCAGGGGUGUGUUCUCAGCGGGCUGGGUGCCAUGUGGAUGCGGGCUGCAGGUUCCUCUGCCGCCUCCGACAGGCCGGGCCGGAUCCCGGAGCGACCGGCGGACCUCUGGACCUCCUACACCCCGGUUCCUCCUCCAGGAGCCCGGUCCCCCCGGCUCAUCUGUGUCGGCGGCUGGCCGUCGAUUCCCUGGGCCCCGGUCCUCUGUUUCCCCGCCGGUUCAGCAUCUGGACCCAGACCAGGUCCAAGUGAGGCUGGAUCCGGAGGAACAGACGCUGUCGCGGGUUAAUGUGUGAAAGUGACGACAGGCUGUUUCAGACGCAUUAAAUAAAGCGUGGCCGGUGGCUGACAGCCCGGGGUGAAGCGGCUUUGGCUGCUGUCUUCGCCGCUGUCUCUGGUUUCAUCCUCCGCCUUUGUCCUCAUGUUUUCCCCCGGAGUUCCUCCCCCUGCGGCGCUGGGCGGAGUUUCAUACCGGACUAGACGCUCCUUUUGUCGGAUUCGUUUCGACCUGACUCCCCGGGGUUUACGGCUGAAAAAAACACACUUAGAAAGUCCCGAAAUAAUCCAAACGACCACAGUGGUGUUCAGAAACAACCCGGGUUUCUGUCUGAACCAGCAGAGGAGGGAGGGGGCGGAGUCUUCUCCGUCAGGUGCUGCAUGAUGAACGGCAGCAGCAGCGUCUCCACGGCUCAGAGCGCCAGGAUCAAGAGCGAACCAGAUGACUGGAGUAAGGAGGACUGUCUGACUCUGCUGGAGAGGAUUCGCAGUCUGCUGCCGGACGGAGACGGCAUGAAAUAUAAAACCACAGAGUCUCACUUCGACUGGGAGAAAGUUUGUUUCGGCAGCUUCACCGGAGACAUGUGCCGCCAGAAAUGGCAGAAAGUCUCAACCGAGGUUCGUAAAUACAGGACGAUGACGGAGCUCAUCGUGGACGCCAUCGAGUUUGUGAAGAACCCUUACAAGGGAAAGAAACUGAAGACUCAUCCAGAUUUCCCCAAGAAACCCCUGACUCCGUACUUUCGCUUCUUCAUGGAGAAACGAGCCAAAUACGCCAAAAUCCACCCGGAGAUGAGCAACCUGGACCUGACCAAGAUCCUGUCCAAGAAGUACAAGGAGCUGCCCGACAAGAAGAAGCAAAAAUACAUCACAGAGUUUCAACGAGAGAAAGAAGAGUUUGAGAAGAACAUGGCUCGAUUCAAGGAAGACCACCCAGAGCUGAUCGAGGAGCGGAAGAAAUCCGACCUGCCGGAGAAACCAAAGACUCCCCAACAGCUGUGGUACAACCAUGAGAAGAAGACCUACAUGAAGCUCCACCCUGAGGUGAGUCAGAAGGAGUUGAAGGAGGCUCUGAGGAGACAGUGGUCCCAGCUCUCUGACAAGAGGAGACUCAAGUGGAUCAGCAAGGCCCUGGAGCUCCAGAAGGACUAUGAGGACAGUAUGAGGGCGUAUCAUGAAGCUCAUCCAGAUGUGAACUCAGAUGAUCACGUUCGGUCUGUCCUUACCAAAGCAGAGCGACAGCUGAAGGACAAGUUUGACGGACGGCCGACCAAACCUCCACCUAACGGAUACUCUCUCUACUGCGCCGAGCUGAUGGUGAACAUGAAGGACGUCCCCAGCACCGAGCGGAUGGUGCUCUGCAGCAAACAGUGGAAGAUGAUGACGCAGAAAGAGAAGGACAUGUUUCAGAAACGCUGCGAGCAGAAAAAGAAGCAGUAUGACAUCGACCUGCAGAGGUUUCUGGAGAGCCUCCCGGAGGAGGAGCGUGACCGCGUCCUGACUGAGGAGAAACUAGGCGGGGCCAAACUGGGAGUGGGCGUGGCCUCCAGCCCACACAGAGCCAAGUCUCCGUCUGUCAAGGAACGGUGUCGGGAGGCAGAGCCAGAGCCAUGGGUACCUGCAGGACCGCCAAAAGAGAGGCGGGAUGGGAAGAAGACGGCGAAGCUUCCAGAGACGCCGAAAACAGCAGAGGAGAUGUGGCAGCACAGCGUGAUUGGAGAUUACCUGGCUAAAUACAGAAUGAACUCACCAUGCAGCUGUUUGACUCUCUCUUCUUCACUCUCUCCCAGUGUGAAUACAGUGCAUGAUGGGAUUUAUUGCUUGAAUGACCGCAGGAAGGCUCAGGCGGCGAUGGAGGCAGCCUGGAAGUCGAUGGAGAAGAAGGAGAAGAUUCCCUGGAUCAAGAAGGCGGCGGAGGACCAGAAGCGUUACGAGGUUCAGUACCGACCCGUGAGGGAGCUGUUGGAGAUGAGGACUCCAGCUGCAGGUCAGACUCCGAGGAAACCCAAGUUUGAUGGAGAACCAAAGAAACCUCCAGUGAGCGGGUAUCAGAUGUUCUCCCAGGAGUUGCUAACCAACGGCGAGCUGAACCACUUCAGCCUGAAGGAGCGGAUGGUGGAGAUUGGGAAGAGGUGGCACAAACUGAGCCAGAGUCAGAAAGACAAGUACAAGAAGCUGGUGGAGGAGCAGCAGGUGGAGUACAAAGCCGAGCUGGAGGCCUGGGUCAAGUCUCUCUCUCCACAGGAUCGAGCUGUCUAUAAAGAGUUUUCCUCCUCGAAACGUCGCAGCACCACUAAAGCUCGCAGCAGCCCCGGAGCUAAAGUCCGCGUGACGGCGAAGGGGAAGGCGGUAGGUUCGAGAGCCGCAACACCGGGGGUCGGGGUGGGCAAGAGGGCCAUGGCGUACCGAGCCAAGCAGGACAUGUCCGACACCGAGGAGGAGGAGGAGAAAAGUGACUCUUCCGACUCUGAUGAGGAUGACGAGACAUCAGGAAGCACAGACAGCGACGAUGACGACGACGAGGAGAAUGACGAUGACGAGGACGAUGAGGACGAUGAAGAUCAAACCUCCUCUGAGGAAUCCAGUGACUCAGACUCGGACUAACUCCGCCCCUUCCCCCUCAUUGGAGAGGACAGGCUGUGCAGGCCACGCCUCCUCAUGUGCCAAUCAUCCCGGCGGACCAAUGAGAGAUGGUGAUGUUGCACCGCUGUUGCAGGGGGCGGAGCCUGACGGAGCAUUUUGUUACUUCUGUUCGUUUCAGUUUUUUAUCGAGUGUUGGUUUUUAUCUGACGGACGUUUCAGACGGGCGGAGACGGUGUGUGUGUUUUGUUUUUAUUUUGGAAGCGAUGGCGGGGCGGAGUUUGUACAGUUUGACGGCUAGAGGGGGAGGGGCGGAGCCUGUUGGUUGUCGUUAGUUACCACUGAGGGAGGAGUCAGUGUUCAGCCUCCAAUCAGCCGCCUGCCUGAGAAAAUUAUUAACAAAUAAAUGCACUUUUCUCA